CGUCGUCCUCUAUGUCUUCUAUCUGUCGCGUGUAAAUGGUGAAGCUCCCACCGCGAGCUUGCUUUAAUAUUCAACAUCUCGUGGCUCCAAGUCAUGGAAGAUCGAGAGGGCAGUGUUGCUUCCUCAGUAGACUUCUACGAUUCAGAUAGGAAGCCAGCCACACCUGCAAGAGAUGGACAGAAUGACCUUGGUCUCUCUCUCGUCACUUCUCCCUUGAAGCGCAAGCCCGAGGAGCUUGAGCAGUUUCGCGAAAAGAAGCCAAGACUCGAGUCCUCGACGCCGCCUUCGACCCUGAAGCCAUGUGCUGGUCUUACGCCAGAAAUAUGGCAGCACAUAUUCCUUUUCUGUUCUCUUGAAGCGCUUGGUCAAUUGCUUCAAGUCAAUCGAUCUUUUCAUUCCUAUCUCGCAGAAGCCCGGCAUGCCUCAACUGCAAAACCAGCUUUUGGUUUUCUGCGUCUCCUUAAGUCUGAUUCUAUUUGGGCGUCUGCUCGCAACCUGCAUGCGACAAAGCCACCGAAACCAUUUCCUGGCUUCAGCGAAAUGCAAAUGUGGCAACUAAUUUCCAAUCAGCGCUGUCAGUUUUGUAAUCGAGAAAGCACUUUCACUCCGGGCGAGAAGAUCUGGCAGAAGGGCCCUGGUAUGAAGGGAGUUCGCAUUAUAUGGCCAUUUGGAGUCCGCUCAUGUGGUCCAUGCCUUCUACAGAGGUGUCAAACUGAUUCAAGUCUCCUCUUUUCCACCGUGUCCGCUGCACGCCCUGCCCUGCCCUUCGCGCUCGUCACCAGCGACCAACAUUAUAUUCCCGCAUACACUCUGCAGGCAGCGACAACUCCUGCGAACGUCGAGAUCGUGAAAUACUACUUCAAAGAGCAUGUUGAGGAACUCACGAGCGAGCUAGAAGGAGCUCUCGGUCUUGGCCCUGCUGCCGCAGAAGAGUGGUCGAAGGGCUUGGAUUCGCGCGGAAAGGAACGAAUGAGGAUCGCUGAAAACUGGGAGCGUUGGGAGGUGAAAUACAUAUGGUGGAAAGAACACCAGGAAGCAAGGCGUGCCGUCUCAAAUGCCCCCUCAUCCACCAUCUCAAAUCAACGACAAAAGACAAUGUCCCCGGCGCGAACCGCCCCAUCUCCCAUAUUACACGCUCCGGUACCAGCGAGUAAGUAUCGCUCUAUUCAGUUGGCGCAGUCAGAAGAGCACCGAUUACUGGCUUCCAGCGAAGUUCACAUGCCUUUUUCUUCCCCAAAUCCCCUGACAAACGUAGCUGCCAUGCCUCAACAGACCACCCCUGGCGUGUACUACUCUCAACAUAGACCUCCCACCGGACCGCCACAGACAUACACACCGCAAGGAGGAUCGAAUGCGAUCGCCCCGCCGCCACGUUCGGAGAGGAAUCUACAUGACGCCAAUGAAGCAAAGGCAAAUCGCAAAUUAGACAUCGAGCGUCGGUGUCAGCAGCUUGAUCCGCCCAUCCCACCCAAUGUGUUGCGCCACAUGGAGUCUUUCAAAGCUGCAAUACAAAUCCCCCAACCGAUGAAUGACAGCGCCUGGAAUAUGCUUGAGCCUCGCCUAAGGAGCCAAGUAUCUGCUGCUCAACAAGUCGAGAUUGAACAUGCGUCACGAGUCACAUCUAUGAGCGCUCGCGCUGCGGAUCGACGUCAGCAAGAAGCCAACUCCAAGGAGGUUAAAGAGAUUCAGGAUCGAGAAUGGGACGAGUCGCAACGACCGAUCCGAGACAGACUCAGCAUUAUGGCCGAUGAAUUCAUUGCCCAACAGUGGGAUCACGGUCGGGCCGUCACACACGACACCAGUCCUAAAUUUGCCGUUGACCUUCUCAUGCAUGUUCGUCGCAGAUUCUACGCGGAGCUCGAGGAUGGAAUUGCGAUACCCGGGUUGGAGGACACAGCCAACGAUGCUACAGGGGAACCCGAUGCACUGAAGCCCAAACUGGUCCUUGAAAAUAUGAAAUGGGUGUACGACAACAAGCUAAAGCCUCUGACUGAACAGUUUCGUAAGGAGCUCUUCCUCUGCUACGGCAAUGGUUGCGAAAGCAAUACUAGGUUCUAUGGCUUUGAAGGUGUUAUACAGCACUUCGGAGCUAAGCAUACUAAUACUUUCAGUGUGGGCAAUAUCGUUGUCGCCUGGAGAGAAGCUGAGUGGCCCGAGGAGACUCCCUUCCAUCCCGAUCCCAAUUCCGUGAAGCAUAACUACCAAGCGUCUGGACCUACUGGUGCAAACAGCGGCUAUGGAUCUUAUUACGGUGCGUAUUCACGAGCUGGGACAGCCACACCUCACAUGCAGCCACAUCUUCCUCAGGUAAGCCCUGGACCAUACCACUAUGGGGGUCAAUACAGUGGACCGUUCGCGCCGCCACAGGCGCAGCCAGGCUAUGAGUAUCCUCAGACAUAUGGCCCUCCGCUGGAUGCAUACGCCUCCUACCAACCAAUGGGACCUCCAGGGUAUGGCAACAUGCCACAGCAUAGUGCUUAUAGUACCUCCCCUGCAAUGUCGCGUCCUACUAUUGCUCCCCAGCCAGCUGCACAGGGCGUCGCUGAAUCCAGCAGCGUGGAAUAUCGUUCAAGCCUGUUCGAUAAGCAAGUGAGUACCGUUAUCGAGGCAGCCCAGGAUAUCUGGAAACAAACAUCGGGAAUCAAGGACCUGCCCAACAGCCUCCGGAUAUACGUUUUGUUGCAGCGUGUUAUUUCCAAGUUCCAGAUAGAGUUCAAUCACGAACCUGGCCUCAAUCAUCUCAUUGAUGCCUUUUCAAAUCAUCAAAUAUCCAAAGCUCUGAAAAAUGCACCAGGGCUCUCAUGUAAGUCAUGUCAAGAGGAAUCCUCGUCUCGGCCAGCUUCAUACUCGUCCCGGCCUGAGGAAAGGAAGACUUAUACCGCGCUCAAUCUAUUCUUUCAUUUCCAAUCUCAGCAUACCGCUCCACAGCACCAGGACUUUGGACAAGGCCCUUCUGCCCUACCAUUGGACUGGAAAGAAGAUAUGAUCGAACUACCCGGCGAUCGCUUCAUAUCUGGCCUCAUCCACGCACCCGGUAUGGACGAUGAUAAGCUGCUUAUGAUCGCUACUGUUUUUCCCAAGCUUUUCCCGACACCAUUGCCACGGAUCGGAGUCAUUGAUAACAACGGCGUCGAAUCUUUGGCUAAUACAGACUCCAAGCUCCUUAAGGACUCCGCCAGGACGGGUGGCACACCAGGACUCUCCGCCGAGAAAUCAGGGCCUUCAUCUCUAGCUUCCCCAUACCAUGACUCGCCUAGGCCGACAAGGUUUAGUGAAGAAGAAUACGACCCCCAACGGCCAUCCCUUCUCGUACAGGGCGAUCCAUCAAUCCGUAAUGCUCCCAGGGUACGACUGUCUCGAACUAGUCCGCCUCUUACUCAUAGACGUGGCUAUAGUGGCUCUGAACCACGUUAUUAUUUGUCCCGGGAUGCUCUUGACGACGAUAGUUUCUCAGAAGCCAGAGAAUACAUGCAAGUUCCUCCAAUAAGAAGAUGUCGAAAUUCCGGACCUACAUACGCAGAUUACCCUGAAAGGCGCCCGAUAUAUCAUGAUGAAGAAAGAUACCCACCUGGCCACGACGAGAUACUUUAUGCGCCGCCCCCGCCGCGAGAAAGCACGAUUUCACGUGUAUACGACCCAUACCAAUAUUCCGAGGACCAUUAUGCCGAGGAAGGCCGACAAGGAGCUCGACUUAGAGAGGAUCCCCCGGAGUCAAGUAAUUCUGGAACGCGUGCAGCAGCAGACCGCUUCUUGGACGAACUUGGUAGCUCCCUGGCUAGUAAUAGACCCCAGGAGCCUGAAAAUAACUUGCAGGCUUCGAGAAGACCAGUAGCCGGAGACUCAGACAUGGAUGAUGGUUCUCGAUAUACCCCUCCACCUCCAAAUCAAUCUAGCUCUGGAGAUGUGACCGAGAGGGGCCGUCCUUUGACUAAUACUCAGCGUACUGCUCCUUCCACUGUGUCCAAUGGCUCUCGAUAUGAGGAGUUCGGCCCCCCAGCCCGCCAAAUUCCUACACCCGACUCAGCUGGCGGCCCUACCAGGAUCGGUCCCCAGCGUAGGAGGGACAGGCAUCAGGAUUAUGUCCCAUCUCGUUAUUAUAGAUACUUGAGCGUCGGGCGUGAUGAGCCGUAUGCUCGUGGGCCAAGUGUUGGUCGGAACCACAGGAGACGGUAUGAGCGGUAUGAAGAGCAACGUCGGCGCAUACACGAACAAGAAACACCACAGCCUCAGGCUGAACGAGAUUACGACCCUCCCUACUCGAGAGACCAAAGCGUAGAUCAGGGGCCUCAGGACGAUAAUGCCACCUCGGCUCGCCUAGCACCGCGCGAUUAUGUACCUUUACAAGAUCGUGCUCAUCCAUACUCUCCCCCGCGAGGCCGUUUCGCGAGACACCCCGACAUCACUCUCGGCCCAUCUCCAGUAUAUGUUGACGAGUAUGGCCAACCACUGGAAGUCAUCCGUGUUCCUCGAGACCCACGGUCAGGGCGUGGGACAUACGUAGCAGACCCCUCCAGAUACCACCCUGAAGAUGAACCUGAACACCUCCGAUACGUUUCUUACGGACGACCCCCACCACGGCGGUAUGACGAGCCAGCUCGAGAAUACGUAUACUAUGAAGAGCGGCCGCCAGUGAGCCGGAGACCGGCAUUUGAACAGGAGACGGAGGCUCUGUAUGAUGCCGCUCCACCGGAGAUCCAAUUGGAAACCGCACCUGCAACUGCGGAAAAACCUUAAAUACACCUUACUGGAUCUCAACAGCUCAUUCAACGCUGUUGGGUAAUAACGAAGACAUUGCACUUGUCUAGUCCGUUUUUCUUUUGUUGUCAUU